UCGCGAAGUUUUCUAAGCACUUCUAAUUUUUGUGAAGUGUCAAACUCACGUAUUGUUUUACUGCUUCUCUUUAACUAAAAAGAUGUGGUUCGAGAUUUUGCCAAGUUUUGGUAUCAUUGUAGGAGCGUUAGCUUUACCAUCAUUCGCUUCAUACCACAUGCACAAACUAGUAAAUGGCAAUCCAUACCUGCGAGAUUUAAAUAACAGAUAUCAAAGGAGAUUGUAUCAAAGAGAUCAAAUGCUGACAAAGGAUCCUUAUGUCUCCAAUGGACUUGAAGUUAUACCUGAUGAGUAAUUUUCAACAGAAUAAAGUAGAAUGAAGAAAUAGGAACAAAUUUGUAAAUAUCUUGAAGUUCAAAAUAAUAAAUUAAGAUCUUAAUAUUUGUGUUUUC